ACAAAUGGCAGAGUGUCUGCGGGGAAUCCCUUCUGCCUCUUCCUCUCAACAUCCAGACCCAACAUAUGCUGUAUCCGACAACUUUGCAAGUCUGAGUCUUGCUAUAUCUCCCGAUAAUUCACAUUCUACAAUCCCUGUUGCAUCUCACCAAGCCGUGAACAAGCUCGCCAUGGGGCCAGUACCACAUCAGUCGCAAUCAUUCGCUACCAUUCACGCCCUACCAGUCGAGCUCAUCUCUCGCAUAUUCUUGUUUGGUUUCUCUGACGGAAUCGACUCCGCACAUCCCUUCAAAAGAAAGACCGUCGAGCGCGAGCUCUCCUUCGAAGUCAUCGUCUCGCAUGUUUGCCCACAUUGGCGGAAUGUCGCUAUCAACACUCCUGGUAUUUGGACGACCUUGCGUCUGCGCAAGCCAUCGCACAUCGACAAAUGUAACGAGUUCGUCAGGCGUUCCGGCAGAGCACUCGUCGACGUUAUGAUGGAGACCGUCGGUCGAAAACAGCACGAACCUGGCUUCACCCUUGGAAUCAAAGAAUUCGACGAAGUAUUCGAUUUCGCUCACAAAAACUCUUAUCGCAUGCGCACGUUCCUAUGCAAAGUCUCCGAUCUCGAAUGUAAACAAAGAGCACGAGAUCGCCUACACACCCUUCCCGCCGUCCCGCACCUCGAGACGCUUCAGUUAUACCACCUACAAAUGUGGGAAGACACUGGGAAUCUCGUCAAUCAAACGACCCGAGCACCUGUUCUCGUCGUGCGUUACGAGACGCAGUCGUUGGUCAAUCUUUCCCUCGUUGGCGUCAAUCUGGCAUGGUCUAUCAAACUCACGCCGUACCUAGCGGGCUUGAGGAACCUGGAGCUUGCACUUCACGCCCUUAACGUCCGACCUAGUGUCGAGGAGUGGGAGGCCAUACUUCGCAACUGUCCCGAUCUCGAGCGUCUGACAUUGCACUAUAGUGGACCGCGACUCAACGGUCCAUGGACAAUCAAACCGAUCCCUCUCCCCCGCCUCAUCGAGAUCUCUUUCAACGAUGUCGAUGCUGACGUCGCCUGCGCCAUUAUUCGAACCUCCCACAUACCUGCCGUCCAGUCGCUCACGCUCGAGCUUGCGGAACAAGACGCCACCUCGUUCAUCUCCCUCAUAUCCGAGAAGGGAUCUCACGAUUUCCCGGAACUUCGUCAGCUUCGUAUCACAGCGCUUGAAUGCGUGGUCGACACAUGGAAGGCGUUCCUGGAGACGGUGCCCAAGCUCGUCCAGCUGGAUCUCGACUUCACCGGCGAUGCUGUCAAACAAGAGCUGUUUGACGCGAUAUUCCCAAACUCUGACAUCUCGAGCGGCUCACAUCCCUCUCCGAAUGAUCCGGGUGGCACCUACAUGGACUCUACGGCCAUCGUUCAAUCCACCUCUUCAUCCCCCGAUUCUAUUCUUCUGCCAGCUCUAUCUACGUUCAGAGUCUCCGGUCUUUCCGGCGUCGCGCUUCAACGGUUCCUCUCCUCCAGGGAGCAGGUCGGCCAUCCGGUGGCUUCCGUUUUGGUUCAUCGGAAAGGCUGUGAUCAAACGAUUGAGUUGCUCGAGUCGAUGGGAAAGGUGGCAUAUUACGACUUGUCAGACGAUGACGAAGAUGACGGCGAAGAUGAGGUAGAAGAGGCAGAAGAAGAGGAAGAAGAGGAAGAGGCUGAACUUGGGAAUUCGGGACAGGGCGAAGAUGAGGAAGAGGGGUAGAGCGUAAGAUUCGUGCCUUGCUUUCUUGGGACGACUAUCAUUCGCUUUCUGCGCUGCUCUCUUGGUUUAGCGAUCGUUUGUGUAUAUAUAAUACCUCUUGGGCGGAAAUUUUGUGUAUAGUGUUGGUGAUGCUGUGCUAUAGACCAUCAGCUCCCUGGUUUCCACAGUCGGCUGUUUGUUUCUUCAAGUUGGUUGUACACUAUGUAAUAUCCCUGUAUUUACAUGACCGUAACACUUAUGUACCGAUAUCUUCU